AUGAGGGGGGCUGGAGCACAAGUUACUCAGGGACAGACCCAGGCAAGGAUGUAUAACAUUACCAGAGAGGAAGCCCCAGCAUCGAAUGAUGUGAUUUCAGGUACGGUAUUGUUAUUUGACAUUGCAACUUAUGUUUUGAUUGAUCCUGGCUCUCCAUAUUCAUGUAUUUCAUCCGAACUUGCAUCUAAACUACCGGGAGAGAAUAGUCCAUUGGAAUGUAAUUUGAUGGUUUAUUUGCCCGUCGGAGGGGGUGUGGUAGUCAACAGUGUUAGGAAAGAGAGCUUAGUGAGAAUCGGAGAUGUAAAUUUACCUGUAGACCUUAUAGUGCUGGAUUUGAAGGAGUUUGAUGUGAUUUUGGGGAUGGAUUGGUUAGCGCAACAUAAAGCAAUAGUUGACUGUUGUAAAAAAGAAGUGAUGAUCGAAUGUUCUGGUGAAUCAAAAGUAAUAUUUGUGGGGGAUCAUCAAGUAGUACCAAUUUGUGUACUAUCAGCCAUGGAGGCAAGAUGA